AUGUCUCUUGUCGUUUUGCAGAACAUCAUGAAACGCAUUCAAGUCAGAAGGGGCCUGAAGGAAGAGCCUCGACCCGUCGACUAUUUCGAGCUGGCUGCUGGAACAAGCACUGGAGGAAUCAUUGGCCUCUUGCUGUUCCGAUUUCGGAUGACCGCUACCGAAGCCAUCAAAACCUAUGACGAGAUAGCCAAAGACAUCUUCAAGCCCAAGGUCUACGGUUAUUCCAUCGACUUUCUAGGGGAGAAGAUUUCGUCCUGGGUCAACAACAGCAAGAGUGUGGUCCAGAAUAGUCGGUUUGAUGGCGAAUCUCUCAAAAGGGCCGUCCAACGGGUGGUCGCAGACCAUGGGCUGGAUAAGGACGACAAGGCGUUGAAGGGAGAUGCGCUACUUCAGCACCCAGCGGCUGGCAGGAUGAUCAUCUGCACAACAGCUCAAGAUAGGGCCGAAACAGCUCUCAUGAAGACAUACAAGGACAACAACAACUACGUCUCUUCGGUGGCGAACGACAUCAUGAAAGAGCACCGCGAUAAAAUUACAAUCUGCCUCGCAACAAGGGCGACGUCCGCCGCGCCGACGUACUUCCCCGAGGUCAAGUGGCCCGAGGGAGCGAAAAGGCAAUUGACCUUCUGGGACGGCGGACUUCUCAACAAUAACCCUAUUGACCAGCUGUGGAACUCGAGAUAUGACCUAGUGAAGCCAGGCGAGCCGGAGCCCAAGAUCUCCUGUGUGAUCAGUCUCGGCACGGGGUGGGAGAGGGCGGAUUCGCCAAAGGACUCGUUGCUCAAGAUCACAGGGGUUCUGUCGACCGUGAUGGCCUUCUCGACCAACACGAACGCCAAGGCCAAGGACUUUUCGCGACACAUAUCGAUGCUAAAUCAGCGUGCUGAGCAUGCUGAUACCAAGUACAUCAGGUUCAACCCGUCCCUGGGGAGGAACAAGAUUGGCCUUGCGGAUUACAACAAGAUGGAGUUGCUGAAAAAACUUGCGAGGAACUCUGUUACGCAUCCGAAGGCGCAUGAGUGGAUUGAGAAGGCGGUCGAUGCCAUCUGUCCGAAGGAUGCAUGA